AUGUGGUCACUAGCAGCCUUCCUGCUCCUGGACCCCAUCUUUGAGCACCUCACCUUGAUUCUCUUUUUCACAUUGACCCCUCACAUACCCUCCCCAGCUACUCUGGAGAAGCCCAUAUUGUCUCUACACCCACCUUGGACCACAAUCUUCAAGGGGGAGAGGGUAACCUUGCGGUGUGAUGGGUACCACCCUCUGCUCCUGGAGCUCCGACCCAUCAGCACUCUCUGGUAUUUGGGCCACCUACUCCUGCCUUCUCACAAGAAGAGCAUUGAGGUGCAGACACCGGGGAUCUAUCGAUGCCAGACACGGGGAGCACCUGUCAGCGACCCCAUCCACCUCUCUGUAUCCAAUGACUGGCUGAUCCUGCAAGUACCCUAUGCUGUGGUGUUCGAGGGCGAGCCUCUGGUCAUGCGCUGCCGCGGUUGGUACGACAAGGUCGUCUACAAACUUCACUAUUACCAAGAUGACCAACCCGUGCGCUACUUCCACUCCAGCGCCAACUACACGGUGCCCCAGGCGCGCGCCAGCGAUAGUGGGCGUUAUCAGUGCUCCGGCACCAUGCGCAUCCCGGUAGAGAGCGCGCCCAUGUUCUCCGCUAAAGUGGCCGUGACCGUGCAAGAGCUGUUCCAGGCGCCAGUGCUGAGGGUGAUGGGCCGGGUGCAGGGUCGCGGCCCGGCCCUCGGCGGGGUGGUCUUGCGCUGCGAGACGCACCUGCAUCCGCAGAAGCGCGACACGCCACUGCAGUUUGCCUUCUACAAGUACAGUCGCCCAGUGCGCCGCUUCGACUGGGGCACGGAGUACAUGGUCCCCGAACCCGAGGUCGAGGAGCUGGAAACCUACUGGUGCGAGGCAGCUACCGCCACCCGAAGCGUCCGGAAACGCAGCCCCUGGCUGCAGCUCCCUGGGCCGGGUUCUCCCCUGGACUUGGCGUCCACCACGGCCCCUGUCCCAAAGGCCGCGGCCUUGGCGCCGGCUAACAAGCCGCUUUCCUUCAGAAAGCCCCCAGUGUCCAGAUCGGUCCCCGCUGUCACCUCCGUCCCGAACACCACCUCAGCGGGGCUGCAGUUCCCCUCAGGUAGAGGGCCCACUGCUGAGCCACCAGCCUGCGCUCCCCCAACGCCCUUGGAACAAACCGCUGGAGCCCUGAAACCUGAUGUGGACCUUCUGCUCCGAGAAAUGCAGCUGCUCAAAGGCCUUCUGAGCCGGGUGGUUCUGGAAUUAAAGGAGCCAAAGGCCUUCCCAGAGCACAGGGAAACACUCGAGACCACUUCCCACUUUGCUGUGAGUCAGGGAACCCCCGAGACCACUGCUGUGGAGAGCUGAGGGAGGGGGUGCUACUGUCUCCUCUCCAGGCGUGUUCAUCCCUGGUCCUGCUUAUCAUCGUGUGGAGACCUUCCAAAGCCAUCUAUUUGCAUCCCUCUGUCUUGCUGUGGUUUGUAAAGUGUGGUGGCUGACAUGUCCCUCUCACACAGCACAUUUGAACAGUUUGUAACCACAAGGCCUUCCCUCUGAUUCCCUUCUUUCCCCUCACAGUUUUCAGUAAGGAAGUAGAAACCUGAUAUUUACUACUUUGAGGUUUAUGUUUGGAAGUGAAUUUAGUCAUCCUUAGGUUUUCAUAUUAACCCCCCCCCCACACACACACACAUAUUUCAGGAGGGGCAAUUUUUUUGUACUUAAGGUCAUUGAGAUAACUGAGUCCUUUGGAGCAUUUAAGGGUCAAGUUGUAAUUUGUUCAUCAUGAAUUUAAUGUUAAACUUUAAAAGACUUUCAGUUCUGUUUCUGAUGAGUCCUGGGUUCUAGUUUUAGAGGGGGAAAAGGAUUUGUGUGGACCUUCCAUUCCAGGUUAUAAUGAUCAGUGUACUGUCACACUCACCCAGAUGUACCUCUUGCACUAAUGUUAGACAGACUGAUGGACUCUGGUGGCAGCAGGCAGGCCAGACUCACUUUACCUUGAAUUAAGUGGUACUAUCUGCAUCAAUAAAUCUCUUUGAAGAAAAUUUAAGACAAAUUCUCAAAACUGCUGAAUUCUAGUUUUUGGCAGUUUAAUUUUUUUAUAUUUCCCUAAGAACCAUUCUAACACUAAUACUCAAUUCAAUUUUUACGAGUCCUCCAUCUGCCUACAAAAUAACUGGUUCUCUACAAGGCUGGCAUGAAUCAUUCCCAGGAGAUCUCAUUCUCAUUGGCUCCAUACCCCUCAUCAUUUAAGCCUUACCAUUAAGGCUUAGAACUUGUAACUACCCUCCCAUCCUUCUGCUUAAUAGAUAUUCAGUCACAACGCAAUUUCCCAUUUCUUUUUGAGCAGUUAACCAGAAUAACAUCAACAUCCUUCAUCUUUUUCUUCUUAGUAUUAUCUUCAUCAUGUUAUUAUUACAAAGUCACUGAAAUUAAACAGAGAGAGGCAGGCGGGUGCCCACUAAAUUACAAUGCAGUGUGAUAAGCGCUGUAUGAAACUCGGGGAAUUCAGAGAAGGAGGCUGAACCUUGAAGAAAGAGCAAGAUUUCAUCAUGCGGAGAUGUGCAAAAGAUUGAGGGGUAGGCUGAGGAUGCAAAGGCAAGAAGAUGUGAAAGACCCUAGUGUGUUUGUAAAGCUGAAAAAAAUUGGAAGUGGUUGGAGAAUUAUGUGUUUUUAUGUGUGUGUGCUGGAGGGUAAGGUGUAUUUUAGGGAGAAGGUGGCAGGAGAUGAACAUGGGGAAGUAGAAAGGGAUCAGAACAUGAAAGUCUUUUUAAGAGGUACUUUAACCUGUUGGAUAUUUUGGGUGGAUAUUUGGAAGCAUUCCUUAUUGAGGGCAUCAAUAAACUUUACUGGAGAAGUUAAUUUAAAAUUAGAAAAGAGCAAUCAAAUGAACUGAUU